AUGAUUUAAUUAUCGAUCAUUUAAGUAUAAUUACGUUUGUUCUAUGAUUCAUAGAUGAUCUCUUUUUGUUCAAAUCAUAUAAGAAAUUUGAUAGUUCUGAUAUAGAAUCUGAAAAUAUAUCAGCAUUGCUACGAUACUCUGUUUGAGAAUGAACAUAGUCCACUGCAUACACUCAUUUAUAUUUUUACAAACAAGCGAUUUUCAUCAUUAGAUAAAUCAUGGAUUUUAUUUUCGAUUGAAAUUGCAAAGUUCUUAUUUUUUUUUUGUUCGAUUAACAUCUGAGAAACAACAACAAAAUUCUUCUUUUGUACAUAUAAUAUGUCUAAUAGUUAUUAGCAAUUCUUUUUUAUCCUCAAUUUAAAUCAAUGAUUCUUAUUGCUAACUAUUUUAAAAUAAAUAUUAUUUAUUUAAAGGUACACCAUAUGUUCGUGUUAAUCCUGAAAGAAUAAAAGGAAUUGUUCUAACUAAUAAAUAUGAUUCAUCUCCAGGUUUUAAAAAACCUGAUGAUGCAAGUUUUAAAAUAGCAAAUCAUAUUCUUGAAUUUAUUCUUCAUGAAGUUGAAUAUGGAAGUAAGUUUGUUUAA